UGCUUCAACAAAUUUAAUACCCAAAAGCAUAAAUGUUUUACAAACCAAUAUGGCGACACAGGACCUCUUUAAUCCGGAGAUGAGAAAUGUUCCAGAUGCAUUAAGAACCAUUAGAGAAAAGAACAUAGCCUGUUGUAUCUGGUUAAACAUGAGCAGCAUUGAUUAAAUAUUGACCCACAGCAAAUACAGAGUUCUCAAAUGAAUGUGCCUGCCUGUUUCAUGCCUGCAUCAAGAUGUUUGCUCAUACAGAUGCAACACAAUUACAUGCACAAUUACCCAGGUGGCGAAUGUAAAGGCUAACAAGACAAUUUGUAGGACUUCAAAAUCCACACCCUUGACUGCUGCUACAGGAUAUCAAAACCAUCAUAAAUAUUUCAUCAGCCUUGCAACUGGCUAAUUAUUACAUCUCUCAUGCGGUUUAGUUAGACAAUUUCAAGGAGGUGACCGCUUGGUGAGAGCAGUCAGUCCUAAUGGAGCUCCGCUAACACAGGCCACAGGACAUGGAGAGUGGGAGAAGAAGUACCUCAGGGUUGAAGGCAGGCAGCAAUAAGAGGAAUGGCUCAAUAAAAGAAGACAUGACUGAUUGAGCUGUAAAGAUAUAACUAUGACAGAUGCUCAGAUUGGGUUUGACUGACAUUGUUUGAUGAGCUGCUGGUGGGUAGUGGACUAAGAAUCUGUUACUUGGGAUAAUAGGGAGAAUUAACAAAAACAAAAACAGGAUGUGAUGAAGCAUUAUAUGUCAGAGCUAAUUAAAGCACACAAAUGGAAUCCCUUUAGGCAGGGUAAGGAUUGGGCAGGGAAACAGUUUCCUGGCAUCUUGCUUUGUGCACAAGUGCGCAAGGGAGCGCGCAGAGACACACACAGAGAGAGAGAGAGAGAGAGAGAGAGAGAGAGAGAGAGAGCGCAAACCUCCUAGGCGCCUCAUUACAAAUUUGCAGUCCAGGUUCCAUGAGCUGCUGUGUACCGGAUUUCUUUUGGAAAUCUGACUUCUUGGCGCGCUACGAUCUCAUCUGGAUUUUAGAUAUGGAGCUACCCACUCUUCCUCCAGACGCUCUUGGUGAUUUUAACGAGCGCUACUCCUUCUCCAUAACUCCUUUCAAUGUUACGUUCUCUGAGGAUCUGCUGCGCGUGCCAUCAAAGAGCAACGAGACCGACGGGGCUGCAACAAGGAACACUACAAGUCUCAUCAUCGCAGUUUGUAUCACGGCUCUCUACUCUCUCAUCUGUGUGGUGGGACUUCUGGGAAACCUGCUUGUAAUGUACGGGGUGGUUAGGUACACCAAAAUGAAGACCGCCACGAACAUCUACAUCUUCAACCUGGCUCUCGCCGACGCUCUCGCCACCAGCACCCUCCCGUUCCAGAGCGCCAAGUACCUGAUGAGCACAUGGCCCUUUGGGGAGGCGCUGUGUAAAGUGGUCAUCGCCAUCGACUACUACAACAUGUUCACCAGCAUCUUCACGCUCACCAUGAUGAGUGUGGACCGCUACAUCGCUGUCUGUCAUCCGGUGAGGGCCCUGGACUUCCGCACGCCCGCCAAAGCCAAGCUCAUCAAUGUCUGCAUCUGGAUCCUCUCCUCUGCUGUUGGAGUCCCUGUGAUGAUCAUGGCUGUUACCAAGGUGACAGAAAAAGGAACCACUGCCUGCAUGCUCAGAUUCCCCAAACCUGAGCGGUACUGGGACACAGUGAUGAAAAUCUGCGUGUUCAUCUUCGCCUUCGUGGUUCCUGUCCUGGUCAUCACCAUCUGCUACGGUCUGAUGAUCCUGCGGCUCAAGAGCGUUCGUCUGCUCUCGGGCUCCAAAGAGAAGGACAGGAACCUGCGCCGGAUCACCCGCAUGGUCCUGGUGGUCGUGGCAGCCUUCAUCAUCUGCUGGACCCCCAUCCACAUCUUCAUCAUCGUGAAGACAAUGGUGGAAAUUGACCACAAGAACCUCCUAGUGAUGGCCAGCUGGCAUCUGUGCAUCGCGCUGGGCUACACCAACAGCAGUCUCAACCCCGUGCUGUACGCCUUCUUGGAUGAGAACUUCAAAAGGUGCUUCAGGGAUUUCUGCCUGCCCUAUCGCUCCCGUCUGGAACAGAACAGCUUCUCCAGAGCACGCAAUAGCACAAGGGAGCCUGUGUCUGUUUGUGCUCGUGCGAUGACAGAGAGACCGCCGGCCUGACUAGGCAUGGGUCAGUGGAGGGGGGGGGCAGUUCAGGAUGACCUCCAGACUGAGGUCACACAGUUUUCCACCACAGGAGUCUGAGUCUGCAGAUGCAGGCUUUUGACCUACCAUGUAUGUACAUUACCAACUGUGUCAAUAUCCCAUUAGUUUUGUGACACAGAAUUCUUUCAGGAUUGUCUUUUCAGGAUGAUCACAAACAUGCCUGUGUGUGCCAGUGUAUAAGGAAAUGGAUUCAAAUGUACAUAUCUUCUUGAACUGUGUAUAAAGCAAAAUAACAAUGCAACCAAGUAAGCAAAGACAUACAGUGCAGCCAGAACGUAUUGGCAUAGAGAUGUGUUUUUCAUUGCUUUGGUUCUACUUCUGCACAAUAAAACAAGUGCUUAUUGUAAGGGGUUUGUAGGUCUUCACAUCCAUAUUAGGUGAACAAUGUAGGGCUCAUAGCCCUGUGUAUACAAAGUCCCACAAUGACCAGAUUAUCAGGAAGGACACUGAUCCUAAACACAAAGUCAAGGCCACCAAGGACUCUUUUUAUGGCCAAACAGUGGCCGAUGUUUGAUUGGCCGAGUCAGUCACCUGACCUCAAUCUAACAUAAUCAUAGACUUCACUUGAUGAAGACCAGGCUGACUCCAAAAAUCCCCUGUAGCAGUGAGAAGUGAUGGUGGCUGCAGCACAGACUUGGCAGAGUGUCAACAAGGAAGAUACUGCUGGGCUGCAAUUUUGGCCACUUGUGGGCUGCAAACACAACACUGACAUAUUAUAACAUUUCAACUUGAUAUGACAAACUGUUUCGGCCUGCAAUGACUCCUGACAUAAAUAGCUGGCUCUUCAGCUAGUAAAUGCUCCACUGUGUUCACCAACUGUUUCUGUCUACUGUUUGGUACUGAGCAGGUACAGUUCAGUGGGUUUUUAAAACAGCAGUGGGUGAACAGGGACAACACUCUUUGAGCAGUGAGAGUGAACCAAAACAUUAAAGUUGCAGGCCCUAAAACCAAAACAAUUAGCUUAAAGACACUAUAAUGCUUCUUACAGCUGAGGGGAACUGCAGAGUGGAGUAAUUAUUGUCUGUGGAUUUGUUACUAUGAGCGACUCCUGUUACAUUACACAUAGUCAUUUGACCCAUUGUUAAUAUAAAAAUAUUUCAUAUAGCAACUUUAAAAGCUGGAUUUGCUUUAAGUCAGGAAUUUAAUUUCACAUCCAGUGUGCUGAGCCAACUCAAUGGAAAAUGUUCCUCUGUCUUAAUACUUUCUGAAUGCACUAUAUAUCUAGACUGGUAAUAGUAUUGUCACUCAACCAUAUUGGGAAGGUAAUGAGAAUCCAAAAAUGUGAAUGAAAGACAAAGGGCACAAAUAAUUAAAAAUAAUUUCAAAGGAAGUGAAAUUCUAUAUGACUAUGGCAACAUCCAUCACAUUUGUCAUGGGAGAUGCUCAUGAAAAACAUCAAAUAACAUGAAAAUAAGGCCUUCAUGAUUAAGCCGAGAUGACUGGCGCUUCCAGGAUAUCACCGUUCAGCUGACUCAUUGUUUCCACUCCUCUAGCAGUUAGGCUGCUCUGUUCUUUUGCACAACUAAAACAUUCAGCUGACAGUAGACUGAGGAGCUGAAGGGGAAAGCGGGGCCACUGUUUCAACUCAGAAUUGUGACUGAAUGACCUCAAACUGACAUGGAGGCAAGUCUGAAUGGGAUCAAAAGCAUUAGCAAGCAACAAGAAGCUUCCUACGCAUAUUGCAGCUAAUGGACUCUUUUCCAUUGAUGAUCAUCGGACAUUUUCAGGAGGAGAUUAAAGUGAGGAAGACAUGUUUUGCACAUUUUGGGAGUGCAGUCAAAUUGAUGCCUCUCAUCUUGCCACUGCAGCAAUGCAGUUUUGCUUAAAAAGGCACCUACAGUACAUAUAUCAAGUGUAAAGAGAAUAUUGUUCUGUAACAGCAAAUUAAGUGACAAUGUGGUGUACUUUGUUUCAAUGUGCUGUCAAGCUGUUGUAACAUUAAGCUUCACUUGUAACCAGUUAGUGAAAAUAAACUACGUAUUUACACUAAGUGCUAUAAAUGUUAGGUGAAGCAUUUUAAAUCUUUAAAAAAAAAGAUUGUUCCGGUCUCCUGUAUGGACUAUCUCUAACGUUUUUUUAAAACGUUUAAAAAAAAAAUCUCCAUCACUGUAAGAAUUUGCAAAUGUUUUCUGCAGUGUGGGCAAAACUGUGUUUAACUGAAUGGAAAUAUCUACCGUAAUGCCUUAUUCAGCAUUAUGUUUGAUUCUUUUUUGCAAAUAGUAAAUUGUUUUGUAGAGUAAGGUUCUGAAUCUUUAAAUGUUUUUGUUUGUUGUGUUUCAGCAGAUCCAGUAUAUAAAGUACUUUACUGUAUAGAACUGCUUUUGAAAACAUGAGGUCUUAUGGAAUAAUUUGUAUCUUUCAAGUGCUUUUAAUUGAAAUAUUGUUGUAAAUAACUUUCAGUUUUAAUCCAAUAUUUAGAUUUCCGUGCUUGUUAUUACAGCUGUUGUUCACAUUUAUACUCUUUGUAAAAGCCAGUGAGGCCUCAUGGAGUUAGACAUGUAAUUUGUUGGUACAAUCAAAAAUGAAUUAUUGAUUAGGGGGAAUGUUGAUGACCCCAUCAACCAAGGGCCUCUGACCUAGAAGCCUGAGCUGGUGGUCAGAGGCCACCGGUCACAGGUACAAAUCAGACAUGUUUAAAGUGUGUGUGUAAAUGUAAGUGACUAAAUGAAAGCACAAUAUGAAAUAAGUCAGGGGUUAUACUGGGGCUUCUGGCCACCAGAUGCCCUGAGAAUUAGCUCAUUUUACAGUGUAUCACUCGUAAUGUAAAUAAAUAAAUAAAUAAUAAUAAAUAAUGUAAAUCAGGCCAGUGAUAUUUUAUCUUUGUUACUGUCAACAAAACCUUUGAAACAACAAUAUGUUAAUCCAUCUAUCAAUACUUUCUGACUUCCACAGCUGGUCUGUGGCUCUUAUACCCAUGACUAUUCGCUCCUCCUUAAGAUCUAAACAAAUCUAAACAGGUCAUGAAUAUAUACUUUUAUUUUAAAAUAAAAAGCUUGAUAUUUUCUGGCCAUUGUAGUUUUUAAGCACACUGUUCU